UUCGUGGAAAGAAAUAUCGAGAAUAAGAAUGUGAAGAAAACCUGUAAUGCUUUGCCAAGAGCCAGAGAAGCCCAUGCUAGUGUCUCUAGCAUCUUGCCUUCAGAGCAGGUUUCACCACCUAAUGUGUCAGAUCUUCCCGGAAUUUUGCCCAAAGUAGUGCAUCCAGAAGCUGGACCCAAGAACAGGAGACCAGGCACUGCAAUAGUAGCAACAGAGUCUUCAAACAUAUCUCAGAUGCCACCAAAUCAGCCCAUCAUCCCACAAAGAAGACCUUGCUUCAAGAUAUGCUAUAUCUGUGGCAGAGAAUUUGGAUCACAGUCUAUAUCUAUACAUGAACCCCAGUGCCUAGAGAAGUGGCGUACUGAAAACUAUCAGCUACCAAGUCAUCUCAGAAGACCUGAGCCCAAGAAACCUGAGGUCCUUACUGGUGGUUCCUAUACGCUUGCAGCUGAAAACGAGGCAGCUUAUCAGAGUGCUCAAGCCCAGCUCCUGCCCUGUAGAAACUGUGGCCGAACCUUCUUUCCUGACCGUCUCAUGGUGCAGGAAAAGUGUUGCAGAGGAGGUAGCCGCACUGUAGGGCAAUCAAGCACUAGCCCCACUAAAUCUGAUAAAGGCCCAGGCUUUGGGUCUGGCUCAGCAAGUGAUCCAUCUAAGACCAGUCAAGGAAAGAGUUGGUGCUGCACCAGCCACAUCAGACAAGGUAAAAAAAGGGCUUCAGCAUUUAAGGUGGACACUGUGCUGGAGCAACUUGAUCAUGCAGAGGAAUUGUUUCUGCAUGUGAAGGUGCUCAGCACUUCCACCAACUCGGCACAAGUGAUAAGACAGCCACCAACAGUGAUUUGUUACAUAUGUGGCUGUGAGUAUGGAACAAAAUCAAUUAGUAUCCAUGAGCCACAAUGCCUGAAAAAAUGGCACCAGGAGAAUGCCUUGCUACCCAAGCACCUGAGAAGGCCAGGGCCCAAAAUGCCUGAAGUCAUACCUGUGCAAGCCAAAGGUUUCUACGAUCUCAAUUCUUUAAAUGAGGCUGCCUGGAUCAGCGCCCAGAACCAGCUCGUUCCAUGUGAUGUUUGUGGGCGUACUUUUCUUCCAGACAGACUGAUCGUCUACCAGAAGUCCUGUAAACCAAAACCUGCAACAUGAAUUGGAUGUAACACACAUGCAUAUGUAUGCAUGCAUACUCACACGUGUGUGUAUGAGUGUGCAUGAAUACACACACACAUGCACUCAUACAUUUCAGCCAAAACACGAGAGAAAUAAAAUUGAGCUGGGGAGUCAUGAGCAUCAAAACUGUAGUGUGUUAUCAGAUCACAACUUCCAAAAGCCUCCAGAGUAAAAUCAGUUGUUACUGUGUAGUGUACGAUCAAAUAUGGUGAUUUUUUAGCAGUAGCAAAAAUUCUGCUUCAUUUCUGUUGUUCAGAUAGCCUCACCUAAAAGCCACAGUUUGAGAGGUUUGGCAUAAGAAUACUUGAAAGUAAUAUGAACUAUUUUCUUU